ACAAUUGCAAAUAAUAAAUAGCUAAUAAUCCCCACAGAAUAACUGUGAGAGCUAAUAUAAGUUACCGGGGUCAUAGUAUAAUAACACCACCGUGCGCUACUACUGCAUAUAUACAUAGAUAUAUAUUUAUUUUGUUGUUGAUAGAGAAAUCGUCAUUUGUUACCUUUAGUGGUCAUGAGCUUUCCUAAUCCUGCCACGCCAGUUAAAUUGGUGUUACUAGGCGAGGCUGCCGUGGGUAAGUCGUCGCUUGUGUUGCGGUUUGUCAGCAAUGAUUUCCAAGAAAACAAGGAGCCCACCAUUGGGGCGGCGUUUUUAACACAGAAAUGCACCAUUGGAGAUAAGACCAUCAAGUACGAGAUCUGGGAUACUGCCGGCCAGGAGAGAUUCGCGUCGUUGGCGCCCAUGUACUACCGGAACGCGCAGGCGGCGUUGGUUGUGUAUGACAUCACCAAACCUGCUUCGUUUAUCAAGGCCAGACAUUGGGUCAAGGAGUUGCAUGAGCAAGCGUCCAAGGAUAUCACCAUAGCGCUUGUUGGGAACAAACACGAUUUGGUGGAAGAUGAUACCGCUGAGGAUUCCUUGCGGAAGGUCAGUGUCGAGGAAGGUCAGAGUCUUGCCGAGGAGGAAGGGUUACUUUUCUUUGAAACAAGUGCCAAAACGUCAUACAAUGUUAACGAGGUAUUCAUUGGAAUAGGAAGUAAAAUCCCCCAGGUUUCAGACCUGCCCGCACAGUCCGCUUCGGUCAACGAAGGGCGUGUAGACUUGUCUGGUGCAGCUUCCUCAACCGCGGGGGAAAGCUGUGCUUGUUAGAAGGUAUUUCUGCUCCGUGUUUGGAAAAGAGACUGAUCGUCAAUUUUGACGUGCAUUGUUUAUUGGGUUGCGUAUAGAGGAACUAUCAUUGUAUAUUUUAAUUGUCUGUAAA